GGAACUCCAAAGAUCUCUCUCUCAGAAAAAUGGCUGCGGCGAUGGUCCUUGACCCUAGAGCAUCAUCUCCGGCCGUGAUGGAUCAGUCGACGGCGAACGAGGAAGAUCUCUAUGGCAUCCUGAAAUCGCUUAAACGGCAAAUAGGGUUCACCGAUAUCCAAGAGGAAUACGUGAAAGACGAGCAAAACAAUCUCAAAAGGGAGGCCUCACGGGCUCAAGAGGAGGUCAAAAGAAUCCAAUCCGUGCCUCUAGUAAUAGGCCAGUUCAUGGAGAUGGUGGAUCAGAACAACGGCAUCGUCGGAUCCUCUACAGGCUCCAAUUACUAUGUCCGGAUUCUCAGCACCAUUAACAGAGAACUCCUCAAGCCUUCAGCUUCCGUUGCCCUUCACCGUCACUCCAACGCACUUGUUGAUGUUUUACCUCCUGAGUCCGAUUCUAGCAUCUCCCUUCUCAGUCAAUCUGAGAAGCCCGACGUUACUUACAAUGAUAUUGGAGGAUGCGAUAUUCAGAAACAGGAGAUUCGAGAGGCUGUUGAAUUGCCACUUACCCACCACGAGCUUUACAAGCAGAUUGGUAUUGACCCUCCACGAGGUGUGUUGCUCUAUGGACCUCCUGGCACUGGAAAGACUAUGUUGGCUAAGGCUGUUGCCAACCACACAACCGCUGCCUUCAUUAGGGUUGUUGGCUCCGAGUUUGUGCAAAAGUACCUUGGCGAGGGACCUCGUAUGGUUCGUGAUGUCUUCCGUCUUGCCAAGGAUAAUGCUCCAGCUAUCAUCUUCAUUGAUGAGGUAGAUGCCAUCGCCACUGCUAGGUUCGAUGCUCAAACAGGAGCUGAUAGGGAAGUUCAGAGGAUUCUCAUGGAACUACUUAAUCAGAUGGAUGGAUUUGACCAGACCGUGAAUGUGAAGGUUAUAAUGGCAACCAACAGAGCAGACACUCUUGAUCCUGCUCUCUUACGUCCUGGGAGACUUGAUCGUAAGAUUGAGUUCCCCCUUCCUGAUAGACGUCAAAAGAGGCUUGUUUUCCAGGUAUGCACCUCCAAAAUGAACCUCAGUGACGAGGUUGACUUGGAAGACUAUGUUUCACGGCCUGAUAAAAUUAGCGCUGCUGAGAUAACAGCAAUCUGCCAGGAAGCUGGAAUGCAUGCUGUGCGUAAGAACAGAUAUGUGAUACUGCCUAAGGAUUUCGACAAGGGGUACCGCGCAAAUGUGAAGAAGCCAGACACUGACUUUGAGUUUUACAAGUGAGGAGAAAGCGGAGAUGAUCAUCUCCUGUGUUUUUUGAAAUGGACAUGGCUUCGCAGUUUAAUGUGUGAACUAUGUUACAUCUCUAAUUUAUGGAGCUUAAGUUCACAUGUGUUUGUGUUUAGUCUCUCAGCUUUUACCGUUCAAUCACUUUAGAAGAAAACAGUGGAAGUUUAAUAUUUGAUGUUGCAUAUUCUAAUUGUUGAACUUCACUCUUUUAAGAUAUGUUUUCUUUCACUCUCUUUCUUUCAAGAUCGAUAUUUCUUCUUAACAUUCAUCUUUUUCAUUCAUUUCUCUUAUCUUCAUUACAUUGCACUCUCUUCAUACAUAUAGGUGAUAUCCUCUAACUACUCUUACUAACUCUCAUCAUUAC